AUGCUCGAUGUUAUUGUAAUAGGUGCAGGUAUCUCUGGCUUGGCAGCUGCCCACCUCCUUUCUCGUGAAUCAUACAGUGUCUUGGUUUUGGAAGCGCGUUGUCGUCCAGGAGGGCGAAUACACAGUGUUCGUUUACCACCGUUACCAGCUUCUAUUCCUGAUGUUGAGUCAAGUAUCAAUCACGAUGACCUUAGCACUUAUCACUUCAAUCUUGAUGAACAGAAAAGCAGUACUUCAUUUGUUGAAUUGUCAGAUUCUGAAAGUAGUUGUAUGUCUUCACGUUCGAUCCCUUCCGGUCAACAGUCGCUUGAUCGUUCGUUAGAUGAAAUUAAUUCAGACUUUUCUGGUCCAGUUGAUGUUGAUCUCGGGGCCAACUAUUUAAUUGGAUGUUCAAACCGACAGGCUGAUCAACCAUUAUUUCACUUAGCACGUAUGCUACGCAUACCAACUGCUGUCACAGCCGGAGAUUUAUGCAAAAAGUAUCGAGGUUGGGAGUGUGCUGAAAUCGCGAAGUGGCUUAAUCAUUGUUCACCUGAUUGUCCGAUAACGGCUGACCAAGUUGCUAAUGGUGUAUUCCUUUUUGAUAAGGUUAUCCAUCUGACUGUCGAUCGUUACUUGGGAAUAAAAUCUAAAGCGCAGAAUAUUAAUCUUUCAAAUACUUCAGUCAAGAAUCUCUUCGAUGAAGCACUACAAGAUAUAUUUAAUGCGGAAGCUCGAUUUGGACUUCGUCCGUCUGCAACUUUUCACGACCACAUUGAAGAAGGCAUUUUUUUGUCUGUAGUUAGCCGUUACUUAGCGUAUGUAAAUCCUAUAGAACGCCUUCCAUUAUGCGUUUUAGACGAUUUAUGUGAAGUAACAGACUCUAAAUGGCAGUCAAAUAUAAUUGGAGCAAAUUCUAGUAUGACAGGGUAUAAUAUGAACCAGUCGUCUUUAUUAGUUCAACUUGUACAAUCGUAUCCUACAGCUGACCAAAGAAGAGCCUACCAUGCAUGGGCAGAACGAAAGUUGGAAGCUCUAGCAAAUAACGAAAAGGCGUCUCUUCCAUCAGUUGCUGGAGCUGUAUGCGUUAGUUGGGAAGACCGUUUGGUGACUAGUCGAUUCGGUGAUAUAUUAAGUCCUCUGCUUAAAGGUGUGAAGAUAGUUUACAAUGCUGUGGUUACUGACAUUGAUUGGAGCGGGACGUGUGAUACUACAAAACAUUUUAAGAUAGUUGUAAAAGCUAGGGUCAACCAAAAGCCCCAGUUGACUCAGAAUGGUUAUAGUUGCUCAGCAAAAGGUUCAAAUGAAGAAGAACAGGUGUAUGAAGCUAAGCACUGUAUUAUUACUGUUCCUAUUGGUGUAUUAAAAGGUCUUUGUCCUACGUCAACUAUCACUUUUCAUCCGGAGUUACCUACUGAGAAACGAAUGUCCAUUGAACGCUUGGGAAUGCCUAGUAAAGGUUCAGCUACUCAUGAAAAAGCAGCUCAUCUAAAAUGUCCUGAUCCUCGUUUGCAUAUUCUUAAUUUGCAUCGUUAUGGUAAACCUGGUGUUUUAUGUGCCCACCUAUGGGGAGGAUCAGGUCUCAAUCCUGCAGGUCGGACGGAUAAAGAGAUCGUUGAUAUCUUAUUAGAUUUAUUAGAUGGUAUGUAUGGACAAGGAAAUACUGUCUAUCAAGUUACUGGUGAGGAUAUUAGUUGUAAACAACCGCGAAGUCGUAAAAUCCCAGAUCCAGUAUAUUAUUUAGUUACCCGUUGGGCAGAAGAUCCAUUUGCUUUAGGUUCUUAUACUACUGGGGAACCAGGAAGUUCAGAUGCUGACCGAUCAGUUUAUGCGAAGAGUUUAACAGGUUACGAUGCAAAAAGUCAAAUGCAAUCGGAACCCACUGUCGAAACACAGGAUGGUAACGGUGAUACUGAUGAUGAAUUGAAAACCCCACGUCUUCUGUUUGCAGGUGAGGGUACACUCACAGCUAAAGAGGCUAAAGAAUGCACUCAUGGAGCUUUACAGACGGGGAUUGCACGAGCUAUUGAAUUGCUUCCUUAUCUUAUGAAAUCAAAAUCUUCUCUUCCUGAUCCACAUGUGAUUCGUGAUUUAGAAAUUGUACAAUCUCAUUCACGGUCUAAUUUUUCAAGCUUUAGUACUAAACUUGCUAGUUACCUGUUUGGAAAAGUGCAAUUAAAUCGUUUAUUAAACUGUAAUAUAGCUAAUGGUAAACAAUUUCAUCGUGUCAUUUUAACCCGUUCCACCGAACGACCUUCAAAAAUCUCAUCUAACAUUAAUGAAGAAUUCCAAUCCAGACUGGACAAUAAUUUUAUGAAUACAACUUCAAGAUUAUCUCGUGGUUAUCGUCGACGUUAUCAUAGUUCAUCUAACUCCUACUGGGAUUCAACUGGUGAAAGUUCAUGUAACUGCUGUUCAUAUUCUCAUCCUAAAAGUUCACGUGCUGGACGUAGAGGAAGAAGUAGUAGAAUUUACAAUGGUCGCGGAAAUUUUAAUGCACAGGUUUUAGAUACCCCAAUCAUAAAGCGCCCACGUGGAAGGCCUCCGAGUAGACAAGGUCAUGCGGCUUUAUAUGCAAUUUCUAGAGCUCAUCGUCAUCUAAGAGGAAUUCGUCGAGUGUAUAAGACGUGUGGCAGAGAAUCUUCACGUAUGCCAUAUCAAGGUGUAACUCGCCCUUCAAGGGGUAGAAGAGGUAGACCACGAAAGAAUUUUGGUCGAACUUUUGAAACAACCGGCACAAGUUGGGGUGAUAUGUUAUCUGAAGAAGAUAGACAGGAAACACUGCUUCAGUUAUCGAAUUUACUUAAUGAUUUCCGUUCUUCACAGAAACCAAAGCAUGUUUGUGUAACCAUUCCUCAAGAAUUAUGUCCAAGUAAUGAGUUUGUCGUUAUUAACGAUAUUUCCUCAAAUGAAUUUAUGCUUCACAAAGAAGAGAAUAACGAUCAUGUUCAGCAUUCGGACUCGUUGACCCAAAAGGAUACCGAUGAAACACAAUAA